GCAGCUGGAGCAAAAAGGGGAACCCCUACACCCUUUUCCUCUUCUCUUUAGUCUUUUCCACUUUGAUUCCCAUUCCAAUUCCCAUUUGCUUCAGAUCCAAUGCAACCACUUUCGUAACCAAUCAAUUACCCUUCCCUAUCCAGUUACCAAUUCUCGCCCACAUAUAACCCUCCAAAAAUUUGGACCAUUUUUGCCCAAUCCCCCAUAAAAAAUCCAGCUUUUAGGUUCUUAUUGAACUCUGACUUAAGCCCUAACCCUAAUUUCAAUUAUCCAAAAUUCGAUCCCCUUCAGUUCCAAGAUUAGAUUCCCCACCCUCUCAAAUUCUUUUAGUUUUAGUCUUUCUUUGUUGGGUUUAAAUUUUUAGUCCUUAGCAUUUUGAUUUCCAAUUGCCAGCUGUAAUAUUUCAUAAUUAAGUUAGAAUUCCAAAUGGCAACUAGAGGUAGCAGAUCGGAGAAGGUGAAGAGAAUUUUCCAGCAAUUCGACGCGAACCGGGAUGGAGGUCUGAACAGGGAGGAGAUGGCGGCACUGGUGGUGGCCGUCAACCCUAGGGUGAAGUUCAGCGACGAGCAAAUCAACGCCAUUCUCGACGAAGUUUUCCGAACCUACGGCGAAUUCAUUGAUGGCGAAAAGGGCCUUACGUAUGACGGGCUGUUGCGCACUUAUGAUGAUGGAGCUGGCGAUGUUGACCGUGAUUUCGACGCCUUGGGUCUCGAGCUCAAGCCCGAAGCAGCUGCCGCUGGCAUCUCCGACGAAGCUGCCUCCACUUCAUCAAUCGCUGACGAGCGAGUUAUUGAGCCUCACAAGAAGCAGAGGACUGCGGCCUGGGCUGCAUCACCGAAUCACGGCAUUGUGUUUGAUGAUACGUGGAAAUUGGUGGAUGAUCUUGAUAUUUUAAUUAAAAGGUUAAAAUCGAAGCAAACGAAAGAUGGGAAGAUUAAAAAUGAUAAUUCGGAUAUGUAUUCAGAUGCCGGUUGGUCCAGAGAAUUGGGUCCAUCAACAGAGAUCUCGGACAAGAGAUUUCUCUGGGAGGAAUCUGGUCAUGAUUAUGUAGUUUUUGUGAAGGAAUUGGGUGUUUUGAGGUCGAGGGCAGACGGGGCAAGGUCAAGGGAGGAGGCAUUUGAUGGGCAUAUGGCUAUUGGAAGGGUUUUGUAUGAUUACCAUUUGUACAACGAGGCUCUUGUGAGCUUCAAGAGGGCUUCCGAGUUGCAGCCAACUGACGUAAGGCCUCAUUUUAGAGCUGGCAAUUGUUUAUAUGUACUUGGACGGCAUGGGGAGGCUAAAGGGGAGUUCUUGCAGGCAUUAGAGGCAGCUGAAGCUGGUGGCAAUCAGUGGGCUUAUUUGCUUCCUCAGAUACAUGUCAAUUUGGGAAUUGCUCUUGAAGGUGAAGGUAUGGUUCUUGGUGCUUGUGAGCAUUAUAGAGAAGCUGCUAUUUUGUGUCCAACUCAUUUUAGGGCAUUGAAACUUUUGGGUAGUGCAUUAUUUGGAGUAGGCGAGUAUAAGGCGGCUGUUAAGGCAUUGGAAGAGGCUAUUUAUAUGAAAAAUGAUUAUGCGGAUGCGCAUUGUGAUUUGGCCUCAGCUUUACAUGCUAUGGGGGAUGAUGAUAAUGCGAUUAAGGAGUUUCAGAAGGCUAUUGAUUUGAAACCUGGGCAUGUGGAUGCUUUGUACAAUUUAGGUGGGCUAUACAUGGAUAUGGGUAGGUAUCCAAGAGCUUCUGAAAUGUAUACCAGGGUAUUGGCUGUUUGGCCGAAUCAUUGGAAAGCACAGCUGAAUAAGGCAGUGUCGUUGCUGGGAGCUGGUGAAACUGAGGAAGCUAAGAAAGCUUUGAAAGAAGCUUUGAAAAUGACAAACAGGGUUGAAUUGCAUGAUGCAGUAGCUCACUUGAAGCAGCUCCAGAAGAAGAGGUUGAAGGGGAAUGGAAGUGGUACUGGGGAGGAGGUUUAUAUAACUGUGGAACCCUCGAAGUUCAAGACUGUGGGGGAGAGAACUACAUUGAGGCCAGAAUUAGCAAACUCGCUUGAUAUUAGAGCUUUUCAGAAGAUUACCAGACUGAAUCGAUGUGAUGUGGAACUGAUAAAGAAGCAAAUGAAUGACAACGAUGUACCAGUGUCCUACUCUGGCGGUGGUUUGCCUGAAAAAUCCAUACGCAAGGCUGCACUAGAGGAGAUUCUCCGCAAAUUACUGAGUUUUUUGAAGCCUGACACCUUUGUGGGAGCUGUUAAGGCAAUAAACCAGAAAAUCCUCUCUGUUCUGGAUGAAUCUGAGUCAGGCAGGGUGGAUUUGGGCUUGUUUUUUGCCGUUGCUGCCCCUCUUUGUGGAGGUCCUGCAGAGAGGCGGAAGCGGGUGGCAUAUGAUGCACUGCUGUGGCGGCCUGUCAAUGAAGGUAGCACCCAGAUAAGAAAAAGUGAUGCUCAAAGGUACAUCAAGCUCUUGAGGGCCAUCUACAUUCCUUCUCAAGGUGUCAGUGAAAUGCUGGAAAUACACGGAGAAAUGGAUACAUCACCGGUUUCUCUGACUGAGUUCCUUGCAAUGUUUGAUGAUCAAGACUGGGGUUUUGGUAUCAUGUCUACUCUGCUGAAGCUAGAAAUCGGGGACAGAAAUCGCCAUGGCAGGCAUAUUUGUGCAACUUGUAGAUAUCCUAUCAUUGGGUCCCGCUUUAAGGAGAUGAAAUCACACUUCAGCCUCUGCAGUCAAUGUUACAGUGAGGGGAAAGUUCCCCCAGCAUGCAAGCAAGAAGAGUACAGAUUCAAAGAGUACGUUAGUGAAGCUGAAGCAGUGAAGGAUAAGUGCCUAUGGUUCAAUUGGCAUUCUAAGAGUUCCCCCCCUGCUGUACCUAGCUAGCAAGGUUUAGUUUUUGGGUGAUUUUGCAGGCUUGAUGUAGAUGAUUUGUUCAGUGUGAAUUGCUUAGCACUUGAAUGUAUUUAGUGAGCUUUUUGGCCUUGUACAAUAAAUUCCUAUGAGGUCACUGGUACCUCUGUAUUCUUCACUUUGUGGCAGUCACUGUAAAGGUUCUCCUCUCUCUCCCUUUUCUUC